UGAAAAUCCUAUUAUUAAUUUACUAAAAUAAACAGCUGGCUAAUGUAAACGUUAUAAAAUAAACUAAUUAAAUUAUCAUGGCUAGUUUUCCGAUGCGAUUGCCGUUUGAAAAUAAACAGAAUAAAAACCUGGUGAAGCAAGAAGAUUACAAAUGCCAGAAGUGUCUACAGAAAGGUCACUUCACCUAUCAGUGUACAGGCAAAAGGAAAUAUGUUGAGAGGGAUUCAAGGACCCGCCUCAUGCAAAAAAAGAUAAAAAUGGAUGAGGAGAAGGCUAAACUUGAAACAUUAAGCAAAACUCAGGCUUUGUCUCAAAAGGGGCAUCAGCAUGUAAAAAAGAGAAAGAAAAGUUCUGAUGGAGAUUCUGGGUCAACAGAAGAUUCCAGUUCAGAUUCCGAGCAGUCAGACUCAUCCUCGUCAUCAUCAUCAUCGUCUUCUUCUUCCUCGUCGUCUUCAUCAUCCUCGUCAGAUUCAUCCUCCUCCAGUGACUCAUCAUCAGAUUCCUCAGACAGUGAGACAGAAAAAAAACAAAAGAAAAAAUAGGUGAAGCUUUAAAACUUUUGUUCAUGAUACAGUGACUGUUGAUACAGUCAUAGAGUUUUGUAAGAAUGUCUGGUUGCUGGAGUUUGAAUUCUUACAGUAAAACUUUUAUCUCUGACUUAUCCAUCUUUUGGAUGAAGAUACUUUUAAUUUUUUAGAAGAUCAUUAACAAAUGGAUUGCUGUGUUGAUUAUUAAGUUUUUUUUAAUUGGAUAUCUCAUCUUUUAAACUAAAGCUCAUCGUUGUUCUACCUAGAAACUUUUACUUGGAGGUGGUUCUUUAUAUUUUUAUUUUAAAAUUAUUUCUUCUGAAUAUGAAUAUCUUUUAUCUAUAUUUUUAGUUAAUUAUGAAAAGCCUCAAAGGUUAAGGAACCAAUAUCAUAUGAUUUUUAAAUCAGUUGAUGGCCUACAUUUUUUAAAAUUUUGUUUUAUAAAUAUUAACAGUUAGUAUACUGAGAUAUAUCUUUG